GAUCCUCUCUACCGUAUACGGUGUAUAGUGUUUUAUCAUUUACAUCGCAAAAACACGAGCAGUGGUGUGGCGUGUUUUUGUAUUUUCUUUCGAUACAAUCCUUUUAUUUCGUAAAAUAAUUGUGAUUUUAGUUUUUUAACAAAUAAUUACUGCUUCUCCCUACUAACCAGUGAUGAACUAGUAGUGAUUUAAACUUGAAAACAUGAACGAACACGAACAAUCUUCUUUGAAUAUCACCGAUAAUAAGUAUUUAAAUGUUUUCAUUUUCAUUGCGACAGGCAAAAGAUCACGAAGAAUUUCUUAAUCGAAUUAAGAAGACUCUGUACUACGGCACGUCAACUGUACAAUGUACGAAAAUCAGUCGUCCGCUGGCCGAUUAUGCGGCAGAUAUCUUCUCCGAAUCGCAUCGCGGUCAUUCGCUCAGUCGGCUCAAUUUUGUCACCGUAGGAAAUCUGACCGUCACUCCUUGCUCACUCAUCUUAGCAAUGAUCUAUCUGGACCGUUUGAAUACUAUCGAUCCGGCAUAUGCAAGACGGAUUACGCCUUCGGAACUAUUCAUAGUGUCAAUGAUGGUGUCAACAAAGUUUUAUUGCGGGUACGAUGAGGAUAUCUAUCUAAGCGCAUGGGCUGAAUCCGGAUGCAUGUCGAUAGAUCACAUGAAAGCAUUGGAGUUAGAAUUUCUCGAUGCAAUAGAAUGGAACGUUUACGUAUCAAAUCAUGAUUUUUUCGAGAAACUAAAAACCGUUGAGAAAGUUUUGGCAAAUCGACAGGGAAUAGCUCGAGGUUGGCUAACUUACACCGAACUGAUCAACCUCCUUCCUGCAUUGACGUUGGCUAAACAGAUUCUCAAUUAUAGUACGGUGAUUGCUUUGAGCUAUACCGCCAGUGUGAUGACUAUUGCCGGGGCCUUUUUCUUAGCUAGUAAUAUUAAUGUACCUGGUAAUGUACUUUUUCGAGUAAAUUCCACACAGACGGCGACAGUUUUAGAGGGAAUGACAACAACUGGAGUUGCAUCCGAACCGUCCACGCUGGGACAGAACUGCUCUGCACAAAUUCAGUCAACAAACUCGACAAUAGGAUCGUGUCUUACUCUAGAAGACUGUGAAUGCUCAUUGCAGAUGGCAAUGGAAAAUGCCCAGUUCUUAGGACAUUCUUAUGCCAAUAACAAUGCAAAAUUUGACUCUCAUCAUCACAAGGCUUAUUUUACUCCACUACCAAUAGUUUGGUUUGCUCAACCGACUGCUAAAUAUGGAUUUACGGUCAAUUGGAAACACUAUAGAUUUAUGUUUCCAUCAGCUGUUGGCAACGACGAUGAAGAUGAUGAAUCGCAUAACCGCAACUGCACUACUGAAGAACAGUUUUCUGCGUUGUGUAUCGGGGAAAUAUCGCAAAGGAAUACAAUGCAAAAUGAUCAGCAAUCGGAAAAUCGAGCUUAUACCAACUACAAACGAACAUAUGAAAUGUUUAGUUCUUUGCUGAAGUUUCUAUGAAAUAUCUAUUCUUCUACAACUGGAUAUAAUUUGGAUGUGUUUUCCCAAUUCGUGGGCUAUGUUCAUUUCUAUUUUUCAUUAUCUUUCACUACAACUUUUCAAAAGAAAUAUUGAAUUUUUAGUAUUGCUUUGCGUCUUGUAGAAUCAGAUAAUGAAAAUGAGUCGUAGUCUAAUUUUCGUUACUAAUUGAAUUAACAUAAUGAAAAGCCUUCUACUAACCUCCUUUAACAUCCCAGUGAUAUCAAUCUAACGUUUUUUAUAAGAACGGCAAAAAAAAAUCAUUGGUCAACGGCCCUUUUCAACGAUGAAUUUUCGGUUAUAAUCAAUUCUCAACUAACCCCGGAACAUCAAGAAUUUUUCUUCGAAGUGGAUGUUGGCAAAUGGUCAAUUGGCCGUUAUCUUAAAACAUGCGUCAAUCUGCUCAGAUCUGUAUCAUACGUCAUUAAAAUUGACAGGCUGAAGAUUCCACGGAAAGUGCAAAAUCAUAUUCCAGUUUAUUAUAGUUGAGUUAGUGCAGUUUGAUUUUUCGUGACUAUAUUCAUUGUAACUAAUACAUUAUUUGAAACGCAAGAAUAAAAUAUUUAUACGAAGCAUAAUGUCGCUUUUUAU